AUGGCUUUCCGACCGAGAUUGAGGCUCUUCUCUGCACUUCGAGCUGCUCCACCUGCUCGACGCUUUGCGACAGAGGCGCGGCUAACCUCGGACCACGUUCGCAUUGUCGAAGUAGGCCCACGAGAUGGUCUACAGAACGAAAAGAAAUCCAUACCGCUUGAGACGAAGCUACAGCUCAUCGAGAAGUUGGCGAAGACGGGCGUGACGACCAUCGAAGCGGGAUCUUUCGUACCUGCGAAAUGGGUGCCACAGAUGGCUAGCACUGCAGAAAUCUGCGAACAUCUGCUCCAGUCACCACCCCAGUCGCAGCAUGCUAUUGCUUAUAAUUACCUGGUACCGAACGUCAAGGGGCUUGAGAGUCUCAUCAAGGUUAUGGAUGCGACGGGUUCUACAGCAGAGACACCAGGCUCAGCGACCAAGCCUCCAACAACUACUGAAAUUUCACUCUUCGCCGCAGCAACGGAGGCAUUUUCCAAAGCCAACACCAAUUGUACCAUUGCAGAGUCGCUCGAACGGAUCCGUCCCAUCGUAGCCUUGGCCAAGACGAAAGAUAUCAGGGUUAGAGGAUAUGUCUCUGUGGCUUUGGGCUGCCCAUACGAAGGUCCCGAUGUUCCCCCUUCCAAAGUCGCGGACAUCACGGCCACUCUUCUUGAAAUGGGCGCUGAUGAAGUGUCGGUUGCGGACACCACCGGCAUGGGAACUGCGCCACGGACACUUGAGCUUCUGCAAGCACUCAAGGCAGCCGGCAUAGCAAACACAGACCUAGCACUUCAUUUCCACGACACGUACGGCCAAGCCCUUGUGAACACCAUAGUCGGGCUGGAACACGGCAUUCGGAUAUUCGACAGUAGUGUCGGGGGUCUCGGUGGCUGCCCGUAUUCUAAGGGUGCUACUGGUAAUGUAUCAACCGAAGACUUGAUCCACACGCUGCAUGGACUUGGCAUGCAUACUGGUAUCAACUUGGAAGAAAUGUCCAAGAUUGGCUCGUGGAUCAGCAGCGAGCUGGGCCGGUUCAAUGAGAGCAGGGCGGGAAAGGCAAUACUUGCGAGAAUUCAGACCAGUGAACAGGAAGAACAACCUAUGCUGCCUCUUCCUGGUGCUCCAUCCUCAUCAUGGGCCCAGUUCUGCCAGCGAUUCCGUGCCUUAUUCAGCGGCGCGGAUCCUCGCGUCUGCGUCGCCUUUUGGCUCUUUGGCCUAAUCAAUAAUGUCUUGUAUGUUGUUAUCCUGUCUGCCGCACUCGAUCUGGUCGGGCCCAGUGUUCCCAAGGGAGUUGUCCUUCUAGCGGACGUGAUACCCUCGUUCGCAACGAAACUCAUCGCCCCGUACUUCAUUCAUAUGGUGCCCUACCCCGUGCGGAUCAUCAUAUUCGUGUUCCUCUCUGCCACCGGCAUGCUCCUAGUUGCGCUGAGCCCUCCGUAUACCGAUGGCGGGACGAUAGCCACUAAACUGGCUGGUAUUGUGCUGGCUAGCUUGUCCAGCGGAGGUGGAGAGCUCAGCUUCGUUGGAUUGACACAUUUCUAUGGCCCUUUUAGUCUGGCUGCCUGGGGAAGUGGAACAGGAGCGGCUGGUCUGGUUGGAGCUGGCGCAUACGCCCUAGCCACUACCUCGUUGGGUCUCAGUGUGAAGGCCACUCUGUUGGCAUCUUCAUGUCUGCCGGCGGUCAUGGUCGUCAGCUUUUUCAUGGUCCUGCCAAGGUCUCCUCUGCAGCCUCUUUCCGGUGCAUACUCUGGCUACCGUGCCGUCGAGGAAAGAGAAGAGCUCGCGGAGGAACGCGAAUUCAUGGAGGGCGACCGUGACGUGAUUUUCGACGAGGGGGAACGACUUCUGGGAGCUUCGAAUGUUUCCAAUCGGAGCGAAAAAGUCGGUUGGCAGCGUUUCAAGGCGGACUUGAAACGUGUCCAGGGUCUUUUCUUUCCAUUUAUGCUUCCCCUACUUCUGGUCUACGUCGCGGAGUAUACGAUAAACCAAGGAGUGUCUCCGACACUGCUCUUCCCGCUUGACGAAUCGCCUUUUGCGCAUUUCCGUGCCUUCUAUCCAGCAUACAAUGCGAUCUACCAGGUCGGGGUUUUUAUCUCUCGAUCCUCCACGCCCUUUUUCCGUAUCCAUGACCUCUACCUCCCGUCUUUCCUGCAGAUUCUGAACUUGGUACUAUUGACCCUUCAUGCCGUUUUCAACUUCAUCCCCAGUGUGUAUAUCAUUUUUGCAAUCAUCUUCUGGGAGGGAUUAUUGGGCGGUUUGGUCUAUGUCAACACAUUCGCCGAAAUCGGUGAUCGUGUGCCAAAGGAAGAGCGCGAAUUCUCCCUAGGAGCGACAACAGUCAGCGAUGCAGCAGGUAUCUGCAUAGCUGGCUUCGUCAGUAUGGUCUUCGAAGUCUGGCUUUCCUGCCUACUGAUCAUUAUUGCGCCAGCCCAUCCACUAUCCUCCAAAUGGACCACCAGCAACAAACAUCAUCACGUUCUAGGGAGACCCUCCACCAAAUUCCGAAAGAUCCAAGUUUUUGGAGUAGUCCUAUUCUGGUCUACCUAUCUGUUCAAGGGAAGCAAGCAUGGCCCUCCGAUCGCUCGCAAUAUCUCUUCCCGCCUGUCGGGCAAAUUGACCGUCUGGCAAACCACCGUAGCUGUGUUUCUAUGGCUCUAUAUCUGCCGCAAUUUCGCCAAGAUUGUUGGUCUAGAAAGCCCAGAACCCCUGGCGAACCUCUACUCUCGGUCGUUUUUCCGCGCAACAUGGGUCACCACGGCACUCGACGCUGGCUUUUGGACUGCAAUGAGGAUCAAACCCAAGUGGCUACGGGAUAUCGCAUCCUUGGUAUUCACAGUCUACUAUCUUUUCGCGGCAGAGCAAGCCGACGAUAUGGUGCGCCGUGUCCGCGCAACCCUAACCGUGGAACAUCUGCGAGUAUCGUGGAACAAGGGAACGACUCCAUACCUUUGGGCACUUCAGAAGUUAGUCCGACCCCGGUUGACGAGUUAUGGCCCUCGAGCCAUCCGCAUCCCUCGCCCUAAACAAUCUAUUUACACCGAGCCGACGAAUGCAUGGCUGUAUUUUGACGGACCGCUAAGCGCGCUGAAAGAUCAGACAUGUGUAAUUCUGGAUAUUCCAGGCGGUGGUUAUGUUGCCAUGAACCCGCGCAACUCGGAAGAUCGACUCGUCGCCUGGGCAGGGAAGACCAAAAUGCCGAUAUUGAGUCUAGACUACAAGAAGGCACCCGAGUAUCCGUACCCGUACGCUUUGAACGAAUGCUAUGAUGUCUACCACAUGAUCAUCACCACGCGCGGCCGUUGCCUGGGACUGAGUGGAGAUACGCGGCCACGUAUAGUGGUUACUGGGGAUAGUGCUGGCGGAAACCUAGCUGUCGGGACGGUCCUGAUGAUUCUGCAGUCAGGGACUGAGGAUGUGAUGCCACGCCCAGAUGGUCUGGUACUGGCAUAUCCCUCCUUAAACAUGCGAGUUGAGAGCUGGAUGACGGAGGAGCAGAUGUCGUUGAUCCAGGAUAAGAGCGUUCGCCGGAUGAAUAAGAACGUUUUGCAGAGAAAGAAUAUGGACUAUCAGAGGCUGACACCAUUUGCAUCGCCUGGACCAUCUACGGAAGAACUGAGACAGGAGUUCUUGUCUGAUGCGGACUUGGAGGGGGAUGACCUGGGAGAGAAGACUUCGAAGAGAAUUGCCGAGAAAUUGAACCAAGAUAGUUUGGCAUCUCAGACAGCUGCACUUGUUGAACAUCAGCCAAAACAGAUCCGGACUCGUUUAGCCGUGUCCUCCAUGAUCUCAUAUGUGCAUGAUCGCAUAUUGACACCAGAGAUGAUGCGAGCCAUGAUCAUCCUCUACAUUGGACCUCAUAACCGGCCCGAUUUUAGCACGGACUUUCUCUUAUCGCCUGUCUUAGCUCCCGAGAGCCUUCUCACCAGGUUUCCCAAGACCUACUUCAUCACAGGGGAACGGGAUCCACUGGUCGAUGACACGGUCAUAUUCGCAGGCAGACUGCGCCAGGCCAAAUUGCACCAAUUCCGGGAAAGACAGGAGCUCGGGCUUGAAAGAUCCCAUCGGGAAUUCGAUGAAAAGGACCACGUGGAGGUCUCCUUACUACCAGGAGUGUCACAUGGAUUCCUUCAGAUGGCCGGAUUUUUCCCUGACAGCUGGAAACACAUCAACCGAUGCGCUACGUGGAUCCAGAACUUGUUUGACACGGCUGAGGUCAAGAAAUCGUCUUCCAGCCUUUUGCAGCCGCUCUACGAUAAUCCUGUUAAUAACAAGAAUCUGGCCCUAGAAACUAACGGGAAAGCGGGUCCCCGAAAUCACAAGCGAAGCUUGACAGGAGAGUCCUCUGCAGACGAGGACAGGCCUCUGGAGAUGAGCAUCGGCAGAAUGACCCCUCUGACACCUGCGCACGGCAAUCUGGACUCAAGCGAGACUCGGCAAUCCAAGGAGGACCCGCCGUCACAGAAGCCCUAUCGUCCCCGUCGGGAGGCUACCGGCACCCCUGAUCGCAGACCUGACUCGAAGCAUGGAAUCCGAAAAAGGAGUUCAUCCAGGGGUCGAAAGGACUCAUCCAGUGGGCUCGGUAGAAGACGGCGUCUCGCCCCGACGAAGCUCACUCUGCCUGUUUCCGACGACACCAUGUCCGAUAACCUGGAAAGCCCAGUACGUCUUCGCAAACGAGAAAGAAGUCUCCACAGCCUUCCCAGUCACGAGGAUCUUUUGGAUCGCAGAAUGAACGGCCUAGCGGGCGGGCUGAUGGGAAUCGGGGAGGGAGCGCAGACGCCUUGA